ACGCGGUUUUAGCUUUUAUGCAUCAUAUAAUAAACCUAACUAAAAAGUGUACCCAGCAGGAAAUCUUUACCACAUUUGAAAUUGUGCGAAGUACGACUAGCGAGUAAAUUGCUUCCAAUUUAUUCGACACGUUUGCACAUCAACUGUGGAACAGUCCAUCAAGGCCAUUGAGUAGUAUCCAAAUUGCGGUUCAAAAUGACAACUACUCCUACCACAGGCAACAGCGGAAAUAAAAAGAAAGAAAAUAUUAAGAGUGAUUUCAUGAAAUGCAACAAAUGCUCGAUCAUUAUCUUGCCCAAAGAUCGUGAGAAGCAUCUACACACUGUUGUCGAUGGUGACGGUUGUCAAACAGAUCUGAGCGCAAAAGAGUUAGGUUUUGAUAACACUAACUACGAUUUCAUCCGUAAUGGGACGUUGUUUGUGACUGUACGCGAACUUCAGAAUAAGGAUAAUCUCCUAGGAGAACUUUCAAUGUCUCUUCAGAGGCAGAUCUUGCUUGUAAGUCCGUUCACGUUGAAAAUGGCCAAUAUUGCAGUAAACGAUUAUGUCAUCGUGACCAAUGCACGGGGACACGCAUCACUUCGAAUAGUCUGGCCACACAUGGCGGCGCCUCUGUUAUCUGCAUAUCCGCUACGACAAUGCGAUGAAUUUUCUCCUGCGAGCCGAUUAUCUAUCAGUCGCUUCGAUGGUAACAUACUUGAGGCAUCAACAUUAGAAGUUGAACAGGUAGCUGGGAUUGAGAUUUCCGAAGAAAUCCAAUCGCUGGUUCUCGAUAGAUUACGAAGAACACACGAUGCUACCGUCGUGCAUUUGGGAGAGGAAAUUCGAUGUAAUCACUAUUGUGAAUCGUACACGUUGCGGAUAGUGGCUGCCGAGAGUAAAGAUCUCAGGUUGGAGACGUCGAUGGCGGCACUCAGCAUUAGAUCCCCAGACAAGGACAUUAAGGCAAUGGACACAUACUAUAGGAUUACUCACAAUACUGAAUUCAGUAUACGACGUAAACAAGUCUCAGUUGAGGAUACUGACCCCUCACAAGCGCAGAAUAAGAAUAAAAUUACAUUUGAGGAUAUUGGAGGCUUGCAAUCUGCAAAGGCAUCCCUUAAAGCUUUUGCUAGUAUUACCACUAGUGGAUUGAAACAGCUGGCGAGGAUUGGCGUACGGCCACCACGUCGCAUCCUUAUCAUUGGUCCUUCAGGUACUGGAAAAUCGAUGCUCGCUAGCGCUUUUGCAUCGCAAAUAAGCAUUAAUAUCUUCGAAGUAACCGUACAGGAUCUUAUCGGCAGUGAGGAGUCUCCUGGGGCCGCGGCCGCUCUUCUGAAAAAAGCUCGGCAUAAACUCAUUCUGUUGGACAACGUGGAGUGUUUUCUGGGUGGCAAGCGCGAUGCUAGAGAUGGAUAUGCGAGAAUUAAUGCGUUUAUCAGAGUUUUGCCGCCUCAGAGUUUUGUGAUCGCCACCAGUGGCCGCGUCUCUACACUUGAUGAGGCGGUUAGGGGUUUAUUUGAUGCGGAGAUCGAAACAGCAGUACCUAAAGUCGAGGAAAGGCUUGAAAUACUCAAAUUAAUGCUACGGAAAUUUUCACAUCAUCUUAAAAGCAGCGAGAUCGACGAGAUCAACAGCACUCUCCAUGGCUACACAGGUGCGAACUUAGAGUCCUUAAUAAGGCACGCAGUUGUCUCGAGAAUGACAGAGAAAGGUGAAAACCAAGCAGGGUUUUUGGAAAACGAGGAUCUAAAGAAAGCUUCAAAGAUCGUGACGGCAACACCGAUGCGUGAAGUUGUGUUAGAUAUUCCCAAGGUCUACUGGUCUGAUAUUGGUGGUAUGGAGAAAGUCAAGCAGAGGCUGAGAAAAAGCGUGGAGUGGCCUCUGCUUCAUAAAGACGAUUUUAGAAGAAUGGGGAUAAAACCUCCGUCAGGGCUUCUCAUGUACGGCCCACCCGGAUGCGCUAAAACGAUGAUCGCACAAGCAUUAGCCACUGAGAGCGGACUGAACUUUCUGGCCGUCAAAGGUCCAGAGUUAUUCUCUAAGUGGGUCGGCGACAGUGAGCGAGCAGUAAGAGAUCUCUUCAGGAAGGCUCGCGCUGCAGCCCCUUCUAUUGUGUUCUUUGAUGAAAUAGAUGCAAUUGGUUCAGAACGAAAAAGAUCUUCCGGAGGAGGCAGUGUUGUCGGCGAUCGGGUUCUCACACAGCUUCUCACUGAAAUAGACGGAAUCGAGGCUUUGGAAGGUGUCAUGAUAGUGGCGGCAACAAACCGACCGGAUAUUAUCGAUGAGGCUCUACUUCGUCCAGGUCGCUUAGAUUCCGUAGUUUAUGUCCCUCUCCCUGAUUUGGCGGCCCGUCGAGAGAUAUUGCAGAUCUGCUUCAAGAAACAUCCUGUCGAUAGUAAAGUUCAGUUGGAAGACGUCGUUAACUGGACGAGUGGCUACUCCGGAGCUGAGAUUGUGGCACUAAUGCAGGAAGCAGCCAUCGAAGCGUAUGAAGAGCACAUGACUAUGCAGAACGUGUCAACAUGGCAUAUCGAGAAGGCACUGACAAUCGUGACACCCAGAAUUACAAACGAGUCAGUAGCUUUCUACGAACGCUUUCAUAAAACGUUCAGCAAAAAAUAAAUUUGAGAAACAAAUUGUUGAAUAAAUAGAGUACUUUUUUUUUUAAACAUCUGUUUCCUUUCAUCCUAUAAUUAGGCGCUUACUUAAAAUAUAUUGAGAAUGGACAGAGAACACGUAGGCGUUUCUUUUUUUGCUUUUAACAUGGUUAAUCACUUUGCAAAUUUAAGUUAUUUAUCGUUGCUAGUAGUACGAAUUUACCUCAAUAUCAGACAGAGUAUACAGAAACGUUUAGGACAUUUUGCAUCAUAUGAGUUAUAUUGAACUUAUACAAUUAACCUGACAGAUUUGCUAGAUGCCCUAAAGAUGAUAUCAAAGGGUAACGAAUGGUAUGAUCGA